UGUGUCUCUCUCUCUGUGUGUGUGUGAGUGUGUGUGUGUGUGUGUGUGAGUGUGAGAGAAUUGUAUUUCCUUUACAGGAGCAUCAAGCCCAAAGAAAAAGUGGAUAUAGAAAUUGCCACUUUGGUUGAAGAUGCCCAACAUCAGGCAGAUGAGGAAGAGGGAGAGGAAGACCAAAAAAUGGACCCAAGAGGCAAUGGACCAGGCCAAGCAGGAGGUGGAAGCAGGCAGGCUCUCUCUACGGCAGGCAGCCAUGAGGUUUGGGGUCCCUAAGUCCAGCCUGAGUGACCGAGUCAGCGGAAGAGUGGCCUCCGAUUUUUCCAUCUGUCGGAGGUCACUCCUCACCCAUGCAGACGAAGACUCCCUGGUGGAGUACUGUCUGUACUCUGCUCUGCAUGGGUUUCCGCUGACAAAGCCUCAGGUCCUGGCCCACGCUCUGGCCAUCUACAACCUCCGCCACCAGGAUGCGCAGAGGACCGCGCUUGGCCAGACGUGGUGGAUAAACUUCAGGGAACGGCAAAAAGAUCGCCUAACAUCCAGGACCCCAGACUUCAUUGACCGUGGGAGGGCAUCCUGUGCUAAGAGGGGGCCCAUAGAAGACUAUUUCCGGCUCCUCACCACCACCCUGGAGGAGCAUGUGCUGAGGGAGAAACCCCGUCAGAUUUAUAACUGUGACGAGACGGGGUUUCAGCUGGAAACCAACAGACGGCAAGUCAUCGUGCCCCGGGGGACCAAGCAUGCAUACAGGCAGGCCCAGGGAACAAGGGAGCACAUCACUGUCCUGGCCUGCCUGAACGCGGCUGGGGAGGAUAUCCCCCCAUUUAUCAUCUACAAGGGGGGAUAUCCAGGGGGCCCCUACAAUAAAGUAGGAGUUCCCAAUGCCCUCUACGGGAAGUCGCAGGCAGGGUACAUAGACAGUGAGCUGUUCAGGAAGUGGUUUGUCGGGCACUUCCUGAAGUUUGCCACCCAGGAGCGCCCGCUGCUGCUGUUAAUGGACGGCCACAUGUCCCACCUGGAUCCAGAGCUUGUCCGGACGGCACAGAGGGAGGGGGUCAUUCUCCUUUGCCUGCCACCACAUACGUCUCACAUCCUUCAGCCACUGGAUGUGAGUUUCUUCGGACCCUUGAAGGCAGAUUUCUCUGGUGUUACAGGAGAUCUGUCGGCAGUGAACCACUCCUUCAUGGUUUCCAAGAAGGAGUUUUCAAGGGUCUUAAGGGACUCAUACCAGAGGGUGAAGGAUCGGGGGCUUGUGGUGGCUGGGUUUAGGAAGAGUGGCCUUUACCCUCUGGACCCGAUGGCCAUUGACUGGUCACGGGUCAUGCCGUCCGGGCGUGGGACCUCCUCACCACUUCCACCAACCCCAUCGGCAUCUUCCUGGGCUGGGCCUGAUGUUACCCACCCCAUAACACCCUCACCCCCACCACAGAGUCCACCUACCCACCCCAUAACACCCCCCCCCCCACCACAGAGUCCACCUACCCACCCCAUAACACCCCCCCCCCCCACCACAGAGUCCACCUACCCACCCCAUAAUACCCCCACCCCAAAGUCAACCAGCCCCUAUCCUUCAUCCCCAGAAUCCACCAGCCAAUCCCUACCUCACCCAUCCCCUGGUAACAUCAGGCCGGAUAACAGUAGAUCUGGCCCACCUCCUGGCCGAAAUAAACUACAACAAAAGCACUGGCAAGGUCAGGAGGAAUAUCACCAAGGCCAGGAUACUGACAGCCCAGGAGAUGUCCGACACCAUCGAGGAGGUGGAGGACCGUGCUGCAAGGCAGGAGGCCCAAGCUCUGGCCAGAAGAGACCGAGAGCAGCAGCGGGCCAGAGACACCAGCCCGGCAGCCACUUCCUCUACCCUGCCUAG